UUAAGUAGAUGAUGAAAGUGAGGACCAAACUAGGCGGGUUCAGCUCGAUGAGGGCUCGAGUUCACAUUCCUUCGCCAUCACCACGUCAUAGAAAAACUUAUAGUUUGGGCCGGUUGAAUGAUAGUGUGAAGACGGUGGCAUUUUCGGGUAGUGAAAAUAGUAGUGGGGAGCUUAACUUUCAGAUUAGUCGAGAAAUGUUAAAAGGGGAAGCCGAAAAUGAUGAUGGGUGUGGGAAUAAGGUGAUGGUGGUAGUCGAUUCGAGUAUUGAAUCAAAAGGUGCACUUCAAUGGGCACUUGAUCAUACUGUUCAAAACCAAGAUACUAUCAUCCUUCUAAAUGUUGUCACUGCUUCAAAACUAGGUUGUAAAUCAAGCGAGAAAGUUAACCAAAGAGCUCACGAAAAUCUCCGCUCCAUGAAGAAAAAUCUUCAAGUAAAGAGGCCUGAGGUGAAAGUGGAGAUACAAAUGAGUCAAGGGAAGGAAAAGGGUCCAAUGAUAGUCGAAACGGCAAAGCAACAAGGAGUUUCUUUGUUGGUUUUGGGUCAACAUAAGCAGUCAAUGAUGUGGAGAAUAAGACAAAUGUGGGCAGGAAAGAGAAGCAAAAGCCGAGUAGUAGAUUAUUGUAUUCAAAAUGCUAAUUGUAUGACGAUUGCAGUGAGAAGAAAGAACAAACGACAUGGAGGUUAUCUCAUCACCACAAAAAGACACAAGAAUUUUUGGCUUUUGGCUUAAUCGUGUCUCGGUUUUCGUUUUCAUGUCAAUGAUUGUGUACAUUUAUGUUCGUUUUAAGUUUCAACCAAGGGAGAGUUUUUAGUGAACAAAAUGAUCAAUGUGUGAUGUAAUGUUCAAUCUAAGAUUAACUAGU